GUCAAUCAUAAAACUCACAGCUACACUUUGCUCUUCCCCACUCACACCCGGAGUCGCAGGACAGACCGAGUCAUCUCACAAACGAGGACUAGACUACCCCCCCAGGCAAAAUGGUGAAAGUUGGAAUCAAUGGAUUUGGCCGCAUUGGUCGUCUGGUGACCCGUGCUGGUUUCACCACCAAGAAGGUGGAGAUCGUGGCCAUCAAUGACCCGUUCAUCGACCUGGAGUACAUGGUUUACAUGUUCAAGUAUGACUCCACUCACGGCCGCUACCACGGCGAGGUCAAGGCCGAGGGAGACAAGCUGGUCAUCGAUGGACACAAAAUCACCGUCUUCCAUGAGAGAGACCCAGCUAACAUCAAAUGGGGUGAGGCUGGUGCCGAGUACGUUGUGGAGUCAACCGGUGUGUUCACCACCAUUGAGAAGGCUUCAACUCACUUGAAGGGUGGUGCCAAGAGGGUAAUCAUCUCCGCCCCCAGCGCUGAUGCCCCCAUGUUUGUCAUGGGCGUCAACCACGACAAGUACGACAAUUCCCUCAAGGUUGUCAGCAAUGCCUCUUGCACAACCAAUUGCCUGGCACCCCUGGCCAAAGUCAUCAACGACAACUUCGGCAUCAUUGAGGGCCUGAUGAGCACAGUCCACGCCAUCACUGCCACCCAGAAGACGGUGGACGGCCCCUCCGGCAAGCUGUGGAGGGACGGCCGCGGUGCAAGCCAGAACAUCAUCCCCGCCUCCACCGGUGCAGCCAAGGCUGUUGGCAAGGUCAUCCCUGAGCUCAACGGCAAACUGACUGGCAUGGCCUUCCGCGUCCCCACCCCCAACGUCUCAGUGGUUGACCUGACCGUCCGUCUGGAGAAACCAGCCAAAUACGAUGACAUUAAGAAGGUUGUGAAGGCUGCAGCUGAGGGUCCCAUGAAGGGUGUCCUGGGAUACACUGAGCACCAGGUCGUCUCCACAGACUUCAACGGUGACAGUCACUCCUCCAUCUUUGAUGCUGGUGCCGGCAUCGCCCUCAAUGACCACUUUGUCAAGCUCGUUUCAUGGUACGACAACGAGUACGGCUACAGCAACCGCGUCUGCGACCUCAUGGCCCACAUGGCUACCAAGGAGUAAACCAACCAACCAGCUGGCUGAACGUCACAGAGUGUCCCUCAUUCUCAUUUUAUACAGAGUUAUAAAUGUACGAUAAGCUGUAUGAUCCGACUCUGCCUAGUUCCAUCAGAUGGUUGACUCCGCCCCCUUUCACCACACGCCUGAGGAAACGUCCCACAUGACAAAUGAGUUAAUCUGUUGACCAAUUCUUUUUUUUUUUUUUUUAUUUGGUAAACUCCCUGUUCUGUUCUUGUGUGGAUGGAGUGACGGUGUGAAAGUUUUCCUGUCUGCAGGACUCUAGUGCUGCAGUCAGUGGUGGAAUAAAGUCCUUUGUUUGUGAGA